AUAGUCAUUGGUGCUUUUUUGGUUUGGGGCAAGCGUGAGAUCGGCUAUCAGACAUCGCCACUGUCUCUCAUUUCAAACGCCGCCGCGAUGGAAUCGUCGAAGAAUUCUCUGAUCCCUAGCUUCCUCUAUUCAUCAUCCUCGUCGCCGAGAUCUUUCCUCCUCGACCAGGUCCUGAAUUCCAACUCCAACGCUGCAUUUGCCUCCUCCAAUCUCCAGAAAUCCCCUUCUCCGGCUCCGGCUGCGCGAGCCUCUCCGACGACGAUGCUGUCCCGGAAGAAUUUCCUUAUUGCGUCUCCCACCGAGCCAGGGAAAGGGAUCGAGAUGUACUCACCUGCCUUCUACGCCGCUUGUACCGUUGGUGGAAUCCUCAGCUGUGGUCUGACUCACAUGACCGUGACUCCUCUCGAUCUCGUCAAGUGCAAUAUGCAGAUUGAUCCAGCGAAGUACAAGAGCAUCUCGUCUGGUUUCGGAAUUCUGCUGAAAGAGCAAGGAGUCAAGGGCUUUUUCCGUGGAUGGGUCCCUACUCUUUUGGGUUACAGUGCUCAGGGUGCCUGCAAGUUCGGAUUCUACGAGUACUUUAAGAAGACUUACUCUGACCUUGCUGGACCUGAGUACACUGCCAAAUACAAGACCCUCAUCUACCUUGCUGGUUCUGCUUCUGCUGAGGUCAUUGCGGAUGUUGCACUUUGUCCAUUUGAAGCUGUCAAGGUCCGUGUUCAGACCCAGCCUGGAUUUGCCAGGGGAAUGUCUGAUGGAUUCCCCAAGUUUGUCAAGUCCGAAGGAUUUGGAGGCUUGUACAAGGGUCUUGGUCCACUCUGGGGACGUCAGAUUCCUUACACUAUGAUGAAGUUUGCUUCCUUUGAGACCAUUGUUGAAAUGAUCUACAAGUACGCAAUCCCCAACCCGAAGAGUGAGUGCAGCAAAGGUCUGCAACUUGGUGUGAGUUUUGCAGGAGGUUACGUUGCUGGAGUGUUCUGUGCAAUUGUUUCUCAUCCAGCAGACAAUUUAGUGUCAUUCCUCAACAAUGCUAAGGGAGCAACCGUUGGAGAUGCGGUGAAGAAGAUAGGUAUGGUGGGACUAUUCACAAGAGGGCUUCCUCUCAGAAUUGUGAUGAUCGGGACAUUGACUGGAGCACAGUGGGGAUUAUACGACGCCUUCAAAGUGUUUGUUGGCCUGCCAACCACUGGUGGUGUUGCUCCAGCUCCUGCCAUCGCAGCUGCUGAAGUCAAAGCCUAAACAAUGACGAAAAAAGGGUUAGGAGUUCGAUUGGGUAGGAUUUUUGUUUGGAAAAAUAAGAGAAACUAUACGAUAAUGAGGAAGAUUGAGUAAGCUCAAUCUCUUCCUGAUUCGAACUUUAUCAUUUUUGUUUUUGAAAUUUGUGUUCUUGAAUUCAGGAUAGUGUUCUAUCUCUCUCUCUAUCUCCAUUUCACAUACUCGCUGCCCAUUAUUUCUUGUCUUUUUUUGUUUGUGUGAUGUAAUCUUAAAAGAUGAGAGGUACACACUCGAAGAUAGAGAGAGUGGGCACACCCACUUACUACCUUUUUCGGUUUCAUUAAAAAAAUUCAUUUUGAUUA